AAUUUGCUCCUCUCAAAGAAUCCAAUUAAGAAUCUGCGGUACCCCUCUCUCUCUCUCUCUCGCUGCUGCUACUUCUGCUUCUUCUUCUUCUUCUUCUUCGUUUUUUCUUCUAGCGCGGGUUCAAGAUUCGUACGCUAUUGCUGUUUUCUCACAGCCUCUCCGUGGUUCGCUCGUACGUACCCAUUUAUUAUUUCGCCGUAUGCUGUCUUCUUCUGCUACUGUAAAUAAUCAAAUGAGCCUUGCGGCACCACAGCAUGGCCUGGUUUUUUUGCCUAAAUCCUCUAUAUAGCCUUUUGGGACAAAACCAUCUUACGGAUGCCUCUUCCUCUUCCUCUUCCUUGCGCCUUUGAAUCCCAGAGGAGAGGAUUAACGUUGUCGGAAAGUAUGAGCUUGUGUCCACCGGCUCCGGCGAGGACAGGGAGACAUCGGCAACGGUAUGAGGACCAGUUCAGACUAGUUGCAGGGUGCAUUCCUUAUAGGUUUGAGAAGGUUGUUGAGGAUAAUAUUUGCAAAUCAGAGAGUAGGUUACACGUCCUCAUGAUUUCUACACCGAAACAUGCUGAUCUGGUGUUUCCAAAGGGUGGAUGGGAGAAUGAUGAGAGUAUCACUGAAGCCGUACACCGGGAGGCCCUGGAGGAAGCAGGAGUCAAAGGAAGACUUAGUGAAAAGCCUCUGGGAGUUUGGGAGUUCCGAAGCAAGAGCAGCCAGAACAGCUGCAGCAAGGGAGGAGGUUGCAGAGGUCAUAUCUAUGCAAUGGAGGUGAUGGAAGAGCUCGAGUCCUGGCCUGAGCAGGCCAUCUAUGGCAGAAAAUGGCUUAACAUAGAGGACGCAUUCAAAUCCUGCCGGUAUGAUUGGAUGCGUGAAGCGCUUACAAACCUUCAGAUGCUUCUGUCAAAAGAAAGGAGUAAAGAGUCGUUGGAAUCUCCCAUUAAAUCUGCUCGUCCUGAUGCAUGCUUCUGCGGAUCCAAACCUGCCAAUUUGCUUAGGAAAUCCUUCUUACUACAAGUGUGCUGUUCUGGGCUAACUAGUCCCAACACACUCUAGUGAAGUGGUUCUAAUCUGUAAUGUCAAGUGUGUUCUGUCCUUGAUUAGUUCUGAAUUCUCCUGCACUGCUUGAUCCCUCCCUCCCUGUUUUGUCUUGGACGUUUGUAACCAAUACUGUCUGAUUAUUGAACAAAUAGCAAUUCUCUUGUAUAUAUAUAUAUUGUUAGAAUUGUA